ACACUUCUUAAAACAACCAAACUGCUUCAUCUCUAUUCUCUGGGUCUCUACAAUCCGCUCCAUUUCUCACACUUCUUCUUCUUCUUGAUACUACUCUAAUGGGGAACUACAUCUCAUGCACUCUAGCCACGCCUCUCAUCAAGAGCACCAAGGCGGCGCGUGUGGUCUUUCCUACCGGCGAAGUAAGGCAGUUCCGUGAACCGAUCAAGGCCGCCGAGCUCAUGCUGGAGUCGCCGAACACGUUCCUAGCCAACUCCAAGUCUCUGCACAUCGGCCGCCGAUUCUCCGCCCUCGCCGCCGACGAGGAGCUCGAGUUCGGCAACGUCUACAUCAUGUUCCCGAUGCGGCGGCUCAGCUCCAUCGUCACCGCCGCCGACAUGACCAUCUUUUUCAUCGCGGCCAACUCCGCCGCCAAGCGGAUUUCAGGCGGGAAGGUCCGGAUCUUGCCUGAGGCUCAAGCAGUCCAAAACGACGAGGAGGAGGAGAAAAGUCAAAGCGGUGACGGAGAAGGUCAAGGUCCGGCGAGGCUGAUCCUGGACGGAGUUGAGGGUUUGCAAGUGGCGGAGUUCCAGUAUAGAUUAGCUGCGUGUAGGUCAAGGAAGCCAAUGUUGGAGACGAUCAAAGAGGAGCCGAUUUUUUCAAGAUAAAAUCUGUGUUAAUAAUUUAAGACCUUAAAUUAAUUAUAGACCAUGCCAUUUGAUGGUCUUAUUAGUUUGUGUGAUAGAGUUACUCUAAUUGAUGAUACUAUCAACUUUUAAUUUUCUUCAAAAUGGAGAGGUAGAUUUGGUUUGUUUUCUGGUUACCAAUUUGUUACCACUCGUAAAAAAUAUUUAUGAAAAAUUGAGAAGGUUGAGCA